AUGGCCGCCGUGCUCGGAGGUGGUGAUGGCAUGGUGGGCCAGCUGCCGCUCGAGCAAUGGUUCUACGAGCUCCCUGUCUGCACUCGCUGGUGGACCACGGUGACCGUCGUCAUCAGUGUGCUGGUCCAGUGCCACGUUAUCUCACCCUUCCAGCUGUUCUACAGCUACCGCGCCGUCAUCUACAAGAACCAGUGGUGGCGCGCAGUCUCAACCUUCUUCUACUUCGGGCCUCUGAGCCUUGAUCUCCUCUUCCACGUUUUCUUCCUUCAGCGCUACUCUCGCCUUCUCGAGGAGGGCUUCGGCCGGUCGCCCGCACACUUCUCAUGGCUCCUCGCCUACGCCUCCGCCGUGCUGCUCGUUGUCGCUCCCAUGUUCUCCAUGGGCUUCCUCGGCUCGGCUCUCAAUAGCACUCUGGUCUACAUCUGGAGCCGCAAGAACCCAGACACCAGCCUGAGCUUCCUCGGCCUGGUCGUCUUCAAGGCCCCCUUCCUGCCGUGGGUGCUCGCCCUCUUCAGUAUGGUUCUCCACGGGACGGUCCCUAAGGAUGACAUGCUCGGCAUUGUCGUUGGACACGUGUGGUACUUUUUCAACGAUGUGUACCCUCCUAUGAACAACGGUCACCGUCCUCUCGAUCCUCCUUCAUGGUGGAUUCGUCUGUGGGAUGGUCGCCCAGCCACGGAGGAAACGGCUGCUGAAGUUAUUGACCGCGACAUUGCCGCCGUUCCUACUCCAGAGCUGAGAUAG